CUUGUUUGUCAUGGCGUUGAUGCGCAGCGAUCAGCUGUGCUGUAGCGUAAGCGCCACGGUGACGGUGGGCUGCUGAUCAUCUGAGACAAGCUCCUCAUCAGCUGCUAACAGAAAGAUGGCAGAGUCAAAAACAGCAAAAUCGUUCGUGGACGGUCACAUCGCCGACACUGAAGAACAGAAAUCGGCCGUUCGAAAGCGCAACCUUCUAAUACUGAUCCUGCACUACCUUCAACACGAAGGGCUCAUGACAACUGCAGAGAGUCUCAAGACUGAAUCAACACUGAAACUUGACCAAUACGUACUCUGUGAUAAUGUUGAUCUGGAGCUAAUACUUCAAGAGUACGAAACAUUCCAGUUUGUCAAGUUCAGGAAACAGCCACACAUCACUCGUAAGCUGGAAGAGAGUGGCAUGCAGAAGCAGUCAAAGUCAUCACGUGGACAUUCUACUCAGGGACAGUCAACUCAAACAUCAAACAAUGGGAGUGGGUCUUUUUGCAGCACAUUUCGGAUACGGGGCCUUCAUCGUGCAAGUAGUGACGAGAAGCACAAAUCUGACUCGCAGCUCUCUAAAGGGAAGCUUGAAAACACCUUUCGGCCUGAAAACAUCACCAUUGACAGGCGCCUGGGAAUACAGAUCUGUACACCAGGUGUACCACAGCUAAAGUUGCCUCAAGCUAUGGGUGCCACUUUGGGAAGUGAAUGGUUUAACUUGGUUGACAUCAUUUCAAAGGAUGUCUAUGUGGACAGUCCAAAUGUCCACUGGAAUGACAUUGUUGGUCUUGAGUCAGCAAAGCGGCUUAUCAAGGAAGCUUUAAUUUACCCAAUGAAGUAUCCAGACAUCUUUUCUGGAAUAAUGGGUCCAUGGAAGGGACUUCUGCUCUUCGGACCACCAGGCACCGGAAAGACACUCCUUGCAAAAGCUGUAGCAACAGAAUGCAAGACUACGUUCUUCAAUAUCACUGCGUCAACAUUGGUCAGCAAGUGGCGAGGAGAGUCUGAAAAGUUAGUAAGGGUGCUGUUUGAACUGGCUCGACACAACUCGCCUGCGACCAUAUUUCUAGACGAGCUCGACGCACUGGUUGGGGCUAAAGGUGGACUUGGAAACAGUGAGAACGAGGCCAGUCGCCGCAUGAAAAGUGAGCUCCUGAUACAGAUGGAUGGCCUGAGCAACUCCAAGGAUCACGUAUUUGUGUUGGCUACUUCCAUCCCAUGGGACCUGGACCAUUCUGUUCUUCGAAGACUCGAAAAACGCAUCUUGGUGCCUCUGCCAGGCAAAGAGGCCCGCACAUUUUUGUUCCACAAAUUCCUCGAAGGUGGACAAAGUGCAAAGAGUGGUGGCCGCCGAGAAAGUUGCUUCGUGGCUGCUGACAUCGACUACAACCUUGUCAGCGAGGCAUCUGAAGGCUAUUCAGGAUCAGACAUCAAGAUAGCCUGCAAAGAAGCAGUGAUGAAGUCCCUCCGCCAAGCAUUGGAAGCUGCUGAAUGCUGUGAUAAUGAAGCAGAUGGAACUGACCGCAUCAUCCCGGAGCCAGUGUCAACAGAAGACAUUUUGGAUGCCAUCAAGCAGACCAAGCCCACUGGCAAAGCACUGGCAGCAAAGUUUGAAACCUGGCACCAAGAGUAUGGUUCGUCGCUCUCGUAAUGUGCUCUCAUGUCGCAAAGGCUGCAUAGCCCACAGCAGGCAACUCCGCUUACUGCUAACAACUGCUACAGCCAGCAGAGUAUUAAAUUAUCAGAUAAUACUUCUUUUACUAAAAUACUAAUUACAGGACUAUCUUGUGUGGUGGCUCGGACAGUAUGCAAAUGAUGCAUUAUAGUAGUAUGUGGGUUCUCCUAAUUCUCAUCUUUCUGGCUUUGGAAGGCUUUGUUGGCUUUGCAAAUUUAUCACUUUCAUCACAAAAUCAUGUUAUAAGUGUAAAAAUUUGAAAUGAUUGUGGAUAUUUGCAGAUGCAAAACUCUU